GCCCCUGCCCCCCUGUUCUUCCGUGACAUUCCCCGUCUUCUUCGUGGCUCUGCGUCAUCACCGCGCAAAGAGCCACUGAGGUCCAGAAGAACAGCCUUCCGAAGGCGAAGGCGAGGAAGAAACCGCAGGCAAGACCAGAGCUCUGUCCCGCGGGAGGUGGAGCCCAAAACGGGCGACACUCACAAGUUAACCGUUUUUGUCCAGCCUCAUGUCUCGUCUUCUUCUUUAUUCCGCUCCCUGCCUCGGUUGCCCCCACGUCUAUUUGUUCCUUUCUCUCAUCCGUGUUUCUUUUUGCUGUCGCGUCUCUGUUUCUCGCUCUGUGUGUGUGUGUGUGUGUGUGUGCGUGUGUGUGUCUUUCUCUGUGGACAUCUGUAUCCUCCUCCUGCAGGUGGAGGGGAUUUGGGAAGCCGCGGGAGGGGGUCAGAAUGGAACAGAGCAGAGGGCCAUCUUGGUCCCCUGGCUCCUGUCCCUUCCUGAGAGGCACCCUCUCUCCUUCCCUCCCUCUCAGUAUUCGUUCCAAGAUGAACAAGACAAGCCUCUCCCCGUCCCCAGCAACCAGUGUUGCAACUGGAAUUAUUUUGGCUGGGGUGAACAGCAGAACGAUGACCCUGACAGUGCGGUGGACGAUCGCGACAGCGACUAUCGCAGCGAGACAAGCAACAGCAUCCCGCCACCCUAUUACACCACAUCCCAGCCCAAUGCCUCAGUCCACCAGUACUCUGUCCGCCCACCACCCCUGGGCUCCCGGGAAUCUUACAGUGACUCCGUGCACAGUUAUGAGGAGUUCUCCGAGCCGCGGGCCCUCAGGUAGCCACGGUGUUCAGGAAGAGGAUCCGUGGGCAUGCCUGCGCGUGUAUCUGGCUCUGGGUCCCAGAGUGGAGAGAGGAG